AUGGCGGUUGACGAUGACACGGAUGAUGAAGAAGGUGCACGCGAUGACAUCGAAGGACUGCUUAAUGAUGCAUUUGAAGAUGUAUCUCAUGAUGAGGGUGUUACUGUAGGUCAAAAUGAAGAGGCUAAAAAGUUUUACAAUUUAAUAGAUGGGUGUUUGCAUGGUUGGAGCAAUGCCUCCUUCACUUCACUUCUUGAGCUAUUGAAAGAGGCAAUGCCUGACAUUAACAUACCUUCAUCUUUCCAUAAGACAAAGGCUAUGAUAAGAGAUUUAGGUCUGGAUUAUAAAAAAAUUGAUGCUUGUCCUAAUGAUUGCCUCAUUGAUAAUAGCGAGAACCAACCUGACAAGAAAGGUCGUCCUAUUCCUGCAAAGACUCUGAGAAACUUUCCUAUAAUUCCAAGACUUCAGAGAUUAUUUAUGUGUUCAAAGACGGCAGCUAGUCUGAGGUGGCAUGAUGAAGAGCGCAUAAAAGAUGGGACGUUAAAGCAUCCUGCUGAUGGCUUGGCAUGGAAUAACCUUGAUGAAAUGGAUGAAGAAUUUGCAAAAGAAUCUCGCAAUAUUAGACUAGGCUUGUCAAGUGAUGGGUUCAACCCAUUUUGUAGCAUGAACAUUUCAUGGAGCACGUGGCCCGUGAUGCUGAUGGUAUACAACUUGCCUCUGUGGACGUGCAUGAAACCCAAAUAUUGUAUGCUUUCUUUGCUUAUUUCUGGGCCACAAUCACCUGGUAAAUACAUUGAUGUGUAUCUACAACCAUUGAUAGAAGACUUGAAGUUGUUGUGGGAAAAAGGGGUCGAAACCUAUGAUGCGUCAAAGAAUGAGACCUUUCAAAUGCAGGCAGCUCUUUUGUGGACAAUCAACGAUUUUCCUGCUUAUUCUAUGUUGUUUGGGUGGAGUACAAAGGGAAAGUUAGCUUGCCCUUGUUGCAACAAAAAUACCAGUAGCUUACAACUAAAACACAGUCGGAAGAUAGUUUAUAUGGACCAUCGUGUCUUUUUACCCAUGGAUCAUCCAUGGAGAACCAAUACAAGGUCUUUUAAUGGGAAGCAAGAAUUAAGACCCCCUCCACCUGUUAUAGAAGGACCCGAAAUUUUUGAGAUGCUACAAAAUGCUGAGAAUGUCUUUGGAAAGAAGCAAAGUACAUCAAAUAGUUUCCCAUGGAAUUGGAAAAAAAGAUCAAUUUUCUUUGAAUUGCCUUACUGGCACAAGAACCCACUGCGUCACAACUUAGAUGUCAUGCACAUAGAGAAGAAUAUACUUGACAGUGUAUUUAGAACUCUCUUGGAUAUCCCAGGCAAGACAAAGGACCAUUUGAAUGCUCGAUAUGACUUAAAAGAUUUGGAUAUCUGGAAAAAUCUUCAACCAAAGGAGGUGAAUAAUGGCAAGAAAACAAAGUUGGUAAAGGCAUGA